AUGGGCCUGGAACCUUUAGAGGAUGAGCUCGGGUUUGGGGAUUUUUUCAAAGAACCAGAGGGGUUUUUCCCCCCACCAAAGCCACCGACCUUCUCAGAACAUCGCAUGCUUUGCGGCAAUACCCUGAAUAUUCGACUUGUUGGAAGCCACCCGUUAUAUGGUUAUCUUCUCUGGAACGCAGCAAGAACGAUAUCAAACUUUUUAGAAGAAAACGCUUCAGAAUGGGUUGAAGGUAAAGAUAUCCUUGAGCUGGGCGCAGGCGCCGGCCUGCCGAGCAUUAUUUGUGCAAUUAUGGGGGCCAAAACCGCUGUCGUGACCGAUUAUCCUGACUGGGACCUUGUCGACAACAUGCAAAUAAACGCGUCCGCCUGCGAGAAGUUUAUUAAGAAACAACCUUCACCUCUUUAUGUUGAAGGUUACAAGUGGGGAGACUCUACCGACCGCAUAUGCAGCUUUCUGGAUUUACCCUCAGCUGGGUUUGACGUUUUGAUUCUCGCAGACGUCAUAUACAAUCAUCCACAGCAUCACAGCUUGAUUGAGAGUGUAAAAAUGACUUUGAAGCGGUCCAAGACGUCGGUAGCAUUUGUAGUGUUUACCCCAUACCAACCUUGGCUACUAGAAAAGAUAGCGGCAUUUUUCCCUAAAGCCGAGCAGAGUGGCUUUAAGGUGAACAAGAUAUUCGAGAAAGUUAUGGAUAAACUCUUAUUUGAGGAUGAUCCUGGGGACGAGCUACUAAGACGGACAGUUUUUGGAUACGAACUUAGAUGGAAAGAGGAGGAGCUGGACGGGCAAAUACCCCGUUGCUAG